AUGAACGACACAUUUAAGGUAGCAACAGCAAUGGACUGUAGUAAAUUUACACCAUAUGAUAUGUUGGCCAGAGCUGAUCCUUUGAUGAGGAUUAAUUACAUGGGCUGUAGAACAUUCAGCUUGCUGUUGUAUAUGUACGAGUUGAACGUAACUUACGUUAACUUGAAAACACUUAAUGGCUCUACGAACUAUGAAGCAGACGUUUUCAUCGUACCUCGCUUGCUUUCAUUACAAAUUCUGGAGAACUCGCAUCCAAUUUUUCCCAUUUUAAACCGACGCUACGGUUUCAUUCUCCGACAACAUCAUGAUAUAACGAACAUCCGCUACUACAGCUUGCCUUUCCAAAGAUCUGUAUGGAACGUUCUCUAUGCCAUCUGUUUGUUUAUUUCCAUAUUGUUCUACCUACUGAAUGGCCUGGAAAGGAGGAUCGUUCCCCAAAAUACGAAUAGAGAGUGUUCUUUUUUCUAUGAACUCCUGCUUGCCAUUGGAGCGUACUGUCAACGUGUACCACACAUUAAAGCAAAGCUCUGGUCUCGUCGAAUGGCGUAUACCAUCUUCAUCACCUUCGGCUAUCUCGUCCAUUGUUAUUAUACUUCUAACCUGCUCUCUUGUCUGGUGAAGGACAGAGACAGCGAUAAGGCACUGGUGGUUCUAGUCGAGAGACAUUAUGAGUUGGCUGUGCUUGACAAUAUGUCAUUCGAUGAGGAUUCUGCAUUAGUUGCAAAACAUAAUACAUAUUUUGAAGAAAAGCUACAAAGCCGGUUUACCGAGGCCGUGAAAAUGGACAUACUCACAGCUUUAGGAGCUAUUAUGUCGGGCAGAUUCGCCGUUUUCUCAGAUUACAUCACAUUAUAUCCAUUUAUUCGUAGAUAUUUUGACGAUGAAGAAAUAUGCGAUUUAAUACAUGUAGAUAUGUACACUGAUAUUAAAAAAUAUUUCUUUACAUCCAAGGAAUUUCCUUAUAUAGAACAGUUUAAAGUUGGCGCCCUACGACUAAAGGAAGCCGGUCUAUUGCAACGAUUGAAGACCCACUUACUAUACACUCGGCCAACGUGCCCGAGCUCACCUCCUGUCGUUCCGAGUUUAAGACUAGUAGCUUAUCCUUUCAUUUUAUUGAGUGCUGCAUGUGUUUCCUCGUUGUUAGUACUUGGCAUGGAAAACUUGCAUUAUAAUUAUGUGAACAAUAGGAAGCCGCGUUGGUCUUAUAUUAAUUAACUUUGAAUAUAAUGGUUAAUGGUAUAAAGCAACCAAUUUAGGACAACUGUAACGACGACGUGGCGUCGACGUCUAAUAGGUGCCACCGCAACUCUGUCGGGCAUGUAUGACUUCACGAUUCCAUUUUGUGGUUUUAUUAAGGCAUUAUGUUUAGUAGCAGUGGAGCUCCUUGUGAAAGAGUUCGUCAAGGGAAGUAUUGCCACCUUACUCUACUCACACAUUACUUAUCUGCAGCCAAGCGGUAAUGUGGUUUUAGAUUUAUAGGGUACUGGUGAAAUUUCAAACAUCUGG